ACACUAAGUUUGAUAAAGAACAACGGUCAGAUGGAAGAGGUUAACAUCUCAGGUGACCAGAACACCUAUACCUUCAGUGACCUAAGUUGUGGCUCUCAGUACCAGGUUUUCUUAGUUGCUUUUAACUCAGCCGGAAAGGGAGAGCCUUGUGACACAGUCCACACCAAGACCUUGGGUGGAGCUCCAGUGGCUCCCAGUAACAGUUUAGCACUGUCAUACAACGUCACUUCCGUAACCGUUAAUUUGGAAUCUUGGGAGGACGGUGGAUGUCCGUUACUUUCGUACCAAGUACGUUAUAGACGCCAAGACGCUCAACAUUGGAAACUGAUAGCAACUGAGCUUCCCGCCAAUAAAAAGAAAUUCUUGGAUAUCCACGGAUUGGCAAGAGGAAUGUGGUAUCGGUUACAGGUUACAGGAAGAAAUAUAGCUGGAAAAACAGAAGCGGAAUAUGUUUUCCGUACUCUUGUCACCCCAGAAGCUCCAUACAAUAUCAAGCCUAACACUGCGCUUUCCAGAAGCUCUACACCUUUCUACUUGGACCUAAAUAUCAUGAUACCUGUCGCUGUGUCAGUUUUUGUCAUUAUAAUUGUUCUAAUUGUCCUCUGUCUGGUCAUCAGGAAGAAAACUUCAAACAGCUCACACACGGGUAGUUAUGUAUAUGGCGUGGCGAAAGGACCUGCGCAUGCAACUUUGCGCAUGACCGAUUAUGAAAAAAAAUCUGGAAAAAAGAAAAAGAAGAAAAAGAAGGCUAAUGGAGUCUACUACCCUACUCCUUAUGCUACAACACAACUUACAGGAGAAGAUUUAGAAAAAUCACGAACCGAAGAAUUUCCUCAGCCUCAAGAGGAGCCUUUGUAUGCUACUGUUAAGAGAACACCCCGACCCCCAAGAUCAGAUGCUCACAUCUACCAGUCCCCUGUGCCUUCGUUGUCAGAAAUGGACCAGCUAACGCCUUCUCCUUCGCCGACUACAUGCAAGAGAUCUGGAAUGACGGUGAAGUUAAGUACUACUUCAGACCCAAAAUACAGCGGAAGCAAAAGAAGAAGCUCAGAAACCAAGACCUGUCGUCACUCUGAAAUUUAGUGAAAGUUACUUUUUCAAAAUAAUGAAAUAACGCGUCGUACUUGAA